CAGCCUCACUAUAUUAACACCAUGUUCUCCUCUCUGACCCAACAACAAGAAUUGAGAGACCAAACACCCUCGUGCUCUCGUACCACCUCGGUCUCACUCGUACACUCUCCGCGAGGAACCAGACCCGAGUCUCCACGGCUUCCGACCAUGACCGCACCGACAUCAGCCCGGGGCCGGGUCCUCAUCGUCGGCGCGACCGGUUUCAUCGGCCGGUUCAUCACGGAGGCGAGCAUCCAAGCGGGCCGGCCGACGUACGUCCUCGUCAGGCCAGGCCCGAGCAGCCCCUCCAGGGCGAGCGCCGUCGAGAUUCUGCAGAAGAAGGGCGCGAUCGUCCUGCAUGGUUUGAUGAACGACAAGAGUCACAUGGAGGAAAUACUCAAGGAGCACGAGAUAGAGGUCGUGAUCUCGGCUGUCGGUGGCCCGGACAUCUUGGAUCAACUCCCUUUGGUGAAGGCCAUCAAAGCUGUUGGUACCGUCAAGAGAUUUCUGCCGUCGGAGUUCGGGCACGAUGUGGACAGGGCUGAUCCAGUGGAGCCGGGCCUCACCAUGUACAUAGAAAAGCGCAAGGUCAGGCGGUUGGUAGAGGAUCAUCGCUUGCCUUACACCUACAUCUGCUGCAACUCCAUCGCCUCUUGGCCCUACUACGACAACCGUCACCCUUCCGAGGUGCUCCCUCCGCUGGACCAGUUCCAAAUCUACGGCGAUGGGACCGUCAAAGCUUAUUUUGUUGCUGGGACCGACAUCGGGAAGUUCACCAUGAAGACGGUGGACGACGACAGGGCGCUGAACAAGUCGGUGCAUUUCCGACCGCCUUGCAACAAGUACAACAUCAACGAGCUCGCGGCCUUGUGGGAGACGAAGAUCGGGCGCACCCUCCCUCGCAUCACCAUCACCGAAGAUGACCUCUUAUCUGCUGCCGCAGAGAAUUGCAUACCGCAAAGCAUCGUCGCCUCGUUCACUCACGACAUUUUUAUAAAAGGCUGUCAAGUUAACUUCUCGAUCGAUGGCCCCGACCACGUCGAAGUGACCAGUCUCUACCCGGAAGAACCCUUCCGCACACUCGACGAGUGCUUCAGUGAAUUCGCCGCCAAGCUGGGUAAGAAGGUCAAUCCCAAAGGAGAAGUCACCGCACAGAACCCCGUGAUGGAGGCCGUUGCAAUUGCGGCGACCUGUUCAUAAUCGUGUUUUCGGUCUCAGCGUUCUUUUAUUCCCGAUUUAGGUGGAACAGAAAAUUGCCAUUGAUCUCAUACGUUGUCCCGGAAAGGAAGUGUUUAAGAAAUCUUGUCUGCAGCUUUACAUGGUUCAUGUGACUUGUGUUAUCAGAAUCCCAUGUUCUGGGUCUGGUGCACAACCACUCGGAAAUGGAGUCAAUUUUAAGUUCUUGUCAA